AUAUGCGCGGAAAAUUCAGAUCACUGACAUCACUGAAGGAGAGGGGAGGCAACACAUCACCAAAUUACCUCAUGGCUAUUUGCAUAAUGGGACCAGAGGCAGCACUGUAUAAGAAAGGAAGAACUAAUCCACAAAAGAGGACUCGGCAGUAGUUCUAUUGGAUAUCACAGAGUCUGCAGAGGAAGGGCAACUCUGAAGCUCAGACGUGUAGACAGCUGCAGAAACAUAGUGAGCUGAAGCAACUCUUUGGAAACCUCAGCCAAGGAACAAAGCACCCAAACAGAAGGACCUUCAGUCCCACCAUGACCUCGGCUCAGCUUCUCCUGCUGCUCUUCUCCCUGGCUUUCACCAGUGUCUGUGUCAACUUGGGGCAGCCAUUUCCAGAGGAAGGUGAGAAUGAGGGAAAGAGUCACCUUGAUGACAUCUUCCAAAGGGCAGAAAAUGUCAUCUUGAGGUCUAUUCUCAAGAAGUUAGAAGAUGAUGAAGAUCCCAACAAAGAGACAAGUGCUUUGCAGCUGGAUUGGAUUUCCAAAAGGCAGCAUCCUGGGAAGAGAUCCCUGUAUGAGCUGGAAAAGAGGCAGCAUCCUGGAAAAAGGGAAUACAUGAGUGAAGAAUCCUAUGGGGAAAUUUUGAAGCGGCAGCAUCCUGGAAAACGAGAGGAAGAUGAUGAACUGGCUGAUGACCUGGAACUGCAGAAGAGGCAGCACCCAGGCAGAAGGUCCCUGUGGGAUCAGUAUCUUGACAUCCCUAGCAACCGGUUGGCCUAUCUGAGUGAAUUGUCCAAAAGGCAACAUCCUGGCAAGAGGUUUUUGGCAUACAGCAAACAGCAGCACCCUGGAAAAAGAAGUUGGGAUGAUGAGCUAGAUGGGGAUGAGCAGGACUUGGAGAAGCGCCAGCAUCCAGGCAAGAGGUACCUGGGUUCAGAGAGUCCAGACUACAGUGUCCCCUGUGACCCACAGGAUUCCUUCAACUGCAGCAAAGGCAGCUUGCUGUUAGAGUUGCUGGAUAAUGUAAGCAAAGGCCGUGUGGAAGAGAAACGGCAGCAUCCUGGGAGAAGGUCUUUGUGGGAUGGUGAGGUGGAAGCAGAAGAAUGAAAAGUGGGGGGGAGGGUCGUGUGUGUGUGUGUGUUUGUGUAUGGUUUACAUUUAUCAGAAUGGUCCUUCCAACAGUUCAGCAUUUCACUCAUACCCCUUUUGACUCUGCUUGCCGACGUACUGUGCAAACAAUUCUUUGGCAUAUGUUCCUGGUGGUCCAGGUUUAACAACACAUAGAAAUGUGGAUUUCAUUUAAAGCACUGGGCUGAGUUGUCCCAUUGAAAGGCAAGUAACCAGGCUUGUCCAGAUGCUUAAAAUGAAAUGCAUUAAUCAAGGAUAAUUCUGCUGUUUCUUUUCUCUUCAAGAAUACAUUAGGUAGGACAAAGAUGCAAAUGAAAUGAAAAUAUUUGAUGACUGGUUUUGUGAUACUGUGAGGCUAGUCAAGAUGUGAAUCUUGAUGCUCACACCAGGCAGUCCAGCUCUAAAGAAGUUUGCUACUGGCAUCUUCCAUUCUAAUUUCUGGGUAUUCUCCCAUUAAAGUAGGCAAAUGUGAUGCCAGAAUGAGCUGCAGGUUUCUUGCUGAACUGGGGUCUACACCUUCAACCAUGGGAGAUGUGUAGCACUCCCAGCAAAGGUACCUUAGGCUACGCCCAUGUGGCAGCUUUGUUUGGUGCUUGUACAAAUUGGAUGUGUGUGGACAAGGGCAGAAAUGUAUCUUUUGGGAAGGACUCAAAACAAGGCUCUUGCCAUAGAGGCAGAACAGUUUAUGCUGGGCCAUCCACUAUUGAUCACAGUACCUGCAUGGUGGAUAGUGUGAAGGAAGGGACCAGCACAUGAUAAAGCCAUAUGGACAAUUGGGACUGUAGAGGAUGGAUGUGAAUUGAAUGGCUGUCUCUUCUAUCCCACAAGCCACUGUGCAGAAAUGCCCUUUCAGACUCAAACCAAUACACAGCUCCCUAUCGAUUCUGUUCUAUUAGGCCUAAAGCAGAGCCAGCCUAGACGUUAUGCUCACUGCAGAGAUCAGCAGCUCCAUUAAAAGUCUCAAAACCAUAUUGUUUAGUACGGCACUCCAAGCAUUCACCAGUGGGAGCGAGGAAAUUCAUGGCCCCAACUCUCUUGUGAGGAGGGAAACUCAUGAUGUGAUGGUCCCAACUCAGACAAUGAGUGGUUUUGAAUUUCUGAGGGGGCUAGAUGUUCACCAUAGUGAUGCUGAUCUCCAUGGGAAGUGUAACAUCUAGCCCAGCUUUCAUACUAGAUAGCAAACAACAGAUCACACAUUUUUAAAUUAAAGUGAGCAGCAAGAGGAUUGAAUGGGGGGGGGACAUAGGCCAAUGGAAUUAAAAUGCAUGGAUUAUUGUCCUCAGUUCAGCUUCUCACACUAGGGAUGUGCACGAACCGGUCUGGAGGCCAUUGUAGAGGCCGCCAAACUGGUUCGAACAUGGCGCAGUUUGGGGGUUUGGCACCAGGGGGUGGUUCUUUAAGGGUGGGGGGUGCACUUACCCCUCCCGCUGCUUUCCCCCCACCGGCGCUCCUUUUUUAAAAGCAAUUUGGGGGUCAGCAGUGUACCUCCCUGCCACCCCUGCCCCCAUUUUCGACCAGAAGUGGCUGGAAGUACCGUGCGCACGUCACACGCAUGCAAGUUGGGCAGGCGGGUGCAUGUCGGGUGGGC